AUGCAAAAAAGCGACCCCCCGACAUCGGGGAAUACAUCGCCACAAGAGCUGGACCUGGCGGAGCAAUUUAAAAGAUUGCAGGAGCAAUUUAAUAAACAACAAGUUAACCUCAAUCAACUUUUGAGGGUUAAGCAUGCUUCUACAACUGAAGACAAGGAGAACGUACAAUCUCCUUCACUACGGAGCCGCUCCUCUCGUCGCUCAGAUUCUUCUCGGACGUCAAGACAUCUACGAAGCCGUUCCAGAGACAGCAGCCCCAAGAAACAUCGAAGCUCUUCGAGAGACCAUCACAGUAGCUCCAGAAGACGUUAUAGCCGUUCCAGAGACCGCCAUAGCAGAUACCAUCGACGUAGUCGCUCCAGAAGCCGUACCAGUCAGUCUACACAUCGGCGGAGCGCUUCCAGGCAUCACAGACGACAUAGACGUUCCCGAUCCAACACAACCUCUACCAAAUCUUGCUCAGUCACACGAAGGAGCGAGGAAGUGUCUGAAAGGGAGACCAGUGCAUCUGCAACAGCAGAAAAAGACACUGGUGCAUCUGCAACAGCAGAUAUCACCCCUGACUUAUUGGCCCUCUUGGGAGAGUCCACCGAGGAGAUCCAAAUAGGAAAACCUUUACAUCCUUUUUUGGUGGAGAGAUGGAGGAGGAUCCUGCAAAAUGGCUUGUCAAAGGAAAAGAGGGAGGAACUCCGGAAGAGGCACCCUCGUCCGGAGAAUUUUAAUGUAUUGGUUGCUCCAAAGCUCAACACCGAGGUUGAGCCUCUGUUGGCAACAAACAACAAAACCAAGGAUGCUGUACUGCGGGCCUCUCAAACCGGAGCAACAACUUUGGUUACUAUCCUGGGAAAAACCCUAACCGAGCUUCUGGCAGUUCGGGAUGAUCCAGAAACAACUGUUUUACCAAUAGACAAUUUAAUAAAUUAUAUCAGUGAAGCUGCCCACAUAUCAUGUGACAUAUUUUAUGGAAUGUCAUCGGCGAGAAAACGUACCCUGGCCCAGGCCCAGGUCACACCAGUUGCAAAAAAUCUGAUAUUAGAAGCCGUGUCAGAUGAGUUUUUGCUUGGAAUAGACUUUACUGAAAAAUGGAAGAAAGCCAAGGAAUCGGAAAAAGCUGCCAAUGAAAUGUUGAAAAAACCCCAGGGAAAACCAGCAACAAAACCUUCAUACCCAGCUCGUAAACCCUUCUCCAGGGAUUUAAACUCCAAGGCCCCAGCUCUACCAAAGCAUUUGACGAAUGUGAAUUUGGUAUAUCAAAGCCCAGUGCUUGUAGAAGGCAAGUUCCUUGCCAAAGUUGAAAAAGAUGUGGCUUGGCCUACAUUAACACCUAAUACCAAGGACAUAACUUGCAUUAUGGCUAUUAAUGAAGACACCAAUGUGGAUGGAGGAUAUGCUUCCAUUGUUUCUGGAGGCCUUUAUGAGAAAGACGUGGAAAUUAGAUUGACUUCACAGUUGGGCAAAGGAUUAAACUACACGAUCAGCAUUUACACCACUUAA